UCCACGAUGGCCCCACAGACGACUCUGCUGCUGGCACUGCUGCUCGCCACGGCUGGCCACGCCUCCCCAGUGCCUCGUGCAGGUUGCUCGGUGGACGUGAACGGGUCCAAGAUGCCUGACCCACAGCCGCUGCUGUUGAAGCCCGGCGGCAGCAAAGACGUGCACGGCUUCGUGACGCCGGACUCCUCGGGGGUGAUCUCGCUCGCCCAGAACGAGCAGAUCAUCGUCGCUUGUCCCGACAACAGCCUCCAGGUCACCGGGCAGUCGCAAGUGACGGCCUCCUGCGUGUCUGGUUCCACCUUCUCGAUCAACGGGCAGUCGUACGACUUCGCUGACCUCAGAUGCAGGUCCCAGCCGAAGCCGUCAGGCGUGAAGACAGGCGGCUCGUGUGGUGGCAGCGGACAGUACCAGGUGGUCCAGCUGGGCUUCCAGGUCGGCUCCGACUUCUACACGCUCAUCGACGCCUGCUUCGACGAUCGGUCCUACAACACGGUGUACGACCACUUCACGAUGGUCGCCGAAAUGGGGGGCAAGCAGAGCGGCUUCGACCGACCCGACUGGCUGGACGGCGGCUUCUACGGCAACAUCGACAUGGAUAAGCAGUACAAACGCGCCACGCAGAUCCAGACAGUAGGCGCACUGCUGGGGUCCAGCGAGCUGGGCUCCAAGUACAUUUCCGAGACCAACGACUACUUCCUUUCCAAGGGACACCUCGCUGCUAAGUCUGAUUUCAUGCUCGGCGCGCAGGAGUACGCCACGUUUUUGUAUGUGAACGCUGCGCCGCAGUGGCAGACGUUCAACGGUGCCAACUGGAACACCAUGGAGAACAAUGUGCGUUCGUACGCUGCGAACAACCGGGUCGAACUCGAAAUCUACACGGGUACACAAGGCAUCACGACGCUGCCCAACGUCAACAACGUCGAGACGGAGCUGUACCUUUAUGCUGAUGGCAGCAAGUAUAUUCCAGUUCCGAAGAUCUUCUGGAAAAUCGUGUAUAACGCUAACACUAAGGCAGCCGUUGUGUUCGUGGGCGUCAACAAUCCGUACAUCGCGAACCCCGGAUCUGACUACAAUGUGUGCACAGACAUAUGUAGCAAGAUCAGUUGGAUAUCCUGGAAGGCCACGGAUCAGGUGAAGGGCUACUCGUACUGUUGCGAGUAUGCAGACUUCAAGAACUCCGUGGCCGACGCACCCAGCCUCAGCGUUAACUCUUUCAGGCACGCGCCGCAAUAUAAGCGGGUGGCGACGGGUGGCCUCUCCAGUCCGAAGAACUCCACGAUGGCCGCCCUGCUGCUGCUGGCACUUCUCGCCAUGGCUGGACACGCCUCCCCGCAGACACACGCAGGCUGUUCGGUGGACGUAAAGAACUCCAAGAUGCCCUACCCUCAGCCGCUGCUGCUCAAGCCCGGAGGCAGCAAAGACGUGCAUGGCUUCGUGACGCCGGACUCCUCGGGGAAGAUCUUGCUCAGAAAGAACCAGCAGAUCAUCGUCGCAUGUCCCGACAGCGUCAUCGAGAACAGGAAACAGCGGCUGGCGACAGCGACCUGCUUCUCCGGCACCACCUUCACCAUCGGCGGUACGGCCUUCAACUUCAGUGAUUUAGGAUGCGUGUCCCAGCCGAUGCCAUCGGAGAGGAAUCCGGAAAGAUCGUGCGGCAGCAGAAGUCAGUAUCAGGAGAUCCAGCUGGGCUUUCAGGUCGGCCCCGACUUCUACACGCUCAUCGACGCCUGCUUCGACACUCGCUCCUACAGGACGGUGUACGACCACUUCACGAUGGUCCGCGAAAUAGGGGGCAGCCAGGCCGGUUUCCCCAGGCCAAAAAAGUGGUUGAACGGCAGGUUCUUCGGCACUAUUGACAUGGACAAACAGUACGAAAGAGCGACGCAGAUGGUGACGGUCGGCAAACUGCUGGGGGACCCUAAGCUGGGGUCCGAGUACAUUUCUCGAAACACCGACUACUUCCUUUCCAAAGGACACCUCGCUGCUAAAUCUGAUUUUUCUCUCGGCGCGCAGGAGUACGCCACGUUUUUGUAUGUGAACGCUGCGCCGCAGUGGCAGACGUUCAACGGUGGCAACUGGAACACCAUGGAGGGAGAUGUACGUUCCUAUGCUGCAACAAACAGCGUCAACCUGGAAAUAUACACGGGUACGCACGGCAUCACAACGCUGCCCAACGUGAACAAAGUCGAGACUUAUUUAUAUCUUUAUACUAAAGGCAGAAACUACAUCCCAGUACCGAAGCUCUUCUGGAAGAUUGUGUACAGAGAGGACACUAAGAGAGCUGUUGUGUUCCUGGGUGUAAACAAUCCGUACAUUGAGAGGCCUGGCUCUGACUACUACAUCUGCAGAGACGUAUGCUCCAGGAUCAGCUGGAUAAGCUGGACGGCCAAUGACCGGAGGGACAAAAAGAAGGGUUACUCCUACUGUUGCCAGUAUGCGGACUUCAAGAACGCUGUGGCCGACGCACCCAGCCUCAACGUUACCUCUCUCCUUACUUACCAGCCAGCCAGCGGAGCAUCCGAGCAGCAGCGGCAGGAGCGGUCCCUACCAGCAUCAGCGGUCCAGCCUGUAGCAGCCAGCCACCCCUCCUGCAGCAGCGGUCCAGCCAGCCAGCCCGCCCUCCAGCAGCGGCAGCAGCAGCAGCAGCGGUCCCGACCAGCAUCAGCGGUCCAGCCUGUAGCAGCCAGCCACCCCUCCUGCAGCAGCGGUCCAGCCAGCCAGCCCGCCCUCCAGCAGCGGCAGCAGCAGCAGCAGCGGUCCCGACCAGCAUCAGCGGUCCAGCCUGUAGCAGCCAGCCACCCCUCCUGCAGCAGCGGUCCAGCCAGCCAGCCCGCCCUCCAGCAGCGGCAGCAGCAGCAGCAGCGGUCCCGACCAGCAUCAGCGGUCCAGCCUGUAGCAGCCAGCCACCCCUCCUGCAGCAGCGGUCCAGCCAGCCAGCCCGCCCUCCAGCAGCGGCAGCAGCAGCAGCAGCGGUCCCGACCAGCAUCAGCGGUCCAGCCUGUAGCAGCCAGCCACCCCUCCUGCAGCAGCGGUCCAGCCAGCCAGCCCGCCCUCCAGCAGCGGCAGCAGCAGCAGCAGCGGUCCCGACCAGCAUCAGCGGUCCAGCCUGUAGCAGCCAGCCACCCCUCCUGCAGCAGCGGUCCAGCCAGCCCGCCCGCCCUCCAGCAGCGGCAGCAGCAGCAGCAGCAGCGGUCCCGACCAGCAUCAGCGGUCCAGCCUGUAGCAGCCAGCCACCCCUCCUGCAGCAGCGGUCCAGCCAGCCCGCCCGCCCUCCAGCAGCGGCAGCAGCAGCAGCAGCUCCAGCGGCAGCCCCGUCCGCGGCCGCGGCACCAGCUGCGUCAUUCCUGCCAGUCGGCGUCAGCUUCUGCUUCCGCGCCAGCAGCGUGGGACUCUGGUCGUCGUCCGUCUUCUUCCGUCUUCGUCGUCGUCCGUCUCCGUCUGUCCCCAGUUUUCUUCUUCUUCCCCUUUCCUUUUUGUCCUGUUCCGAAGAACUCCACGAUGGCCGCCCUGCUGCUGCUGGCUCUUCUCGCCAUGGCUGGACACGCCUCCCCACAGCCCCACGCAGGCUGCUCUGUGGACGUAAACAAAUCCAAGAUGCCCUACCCUCAGCCGCUGCUGCUGAAGCCCGGCGGCAGCAAAGACGUGCACGGCUUCUUCACGCCGGACUCCUCGGGGAAAAUCGUGCUCAGGCAGAACGAGCAGAUCAUCGUCGCGUGUCCCGACAACGCCCUCGUGGUGACGAAACAGCCGCUGGCGACAGCCACCUGCUUCUCCGGCACCACCUUCACCAUCGGCAGUACGCCCUACAACUUCGCAGAUCUCGGAUGCGUGUCCCAGCCGAAACCAUCGGAGCGGAAUCCGGCCAAAACGUGCGGCAGCAGAAGUCAGUAUCAGGAGAUCCAGCUGGGCUUCCAGGUCGGCCCCGACUUCUACACGCUCAUCGACGCCUGCUUCGACACGCACUCCUACAGCACGGUGUACGACCACUUCACGAUGGUCCGCGAUAUAGGGGGCAGCCAGACCGGUUUCCCCCGGCCCGACUGGUUGAAUGGCACCUUCUUCCCCAACAUUGACAUGGAUAAUCAAUACAGAAGGACCACGCAGAUCGACACGGUCGGCAAACUGCUGGGGGACCCUAAGCUGGGGUCCAAGUACAUUUCUCAAAAGACCGACUACUUCCUUUCCAAAGGACAUCUCACUGCUAAGUCUGAUUUCAGUCUUGGCGCGCAGGAAUACGUCACAUUCUUCUACAUGAAUGCUGCGCCGCAGUGGCAAACAUUCAAUGGUGGCAACUGGAAAAUCAUGGAGGACAACGUACAUUCCUAUGCUGCAACAAACCGCGUCGAGCUGCAAAUCUACACGGGUACGCACGGAAUCACAACGCUGCCCAACGUGAAAAAUGACGAGACGGGGUUGUAUCUUUAUACUAACGGCAGAAACUACAUCCCAGUGCCGAAGCUUUUCUGGAAGAUUCUGUAUAGAGAGGAUACUAAAGCAGCUGUAGUGUUCCUGGGUGUAAACAAUCCCUAUAUUGGGACACCAGGCACUGACUACUUCAUCUGCAAAGACGUAUGCACCAAGAUCAGCUGGGUAACCUGGAAGGCCAAUAACCAAAAGAUGGGCUACUCGUACUGCUGCGAAUAUGCAGACUUCAAGAGAGCCGUGGCCGACGCACCCAACCUCAACGUUACCUCUCUGCUUACCUAAGCCUCUCAACUGGAAGGCACUUCGAAUUAAAUUCAUAAAUCACAAGGGAGCCACACCAGACGAAAACCGUAUUCCGGACUGCUAUGGGAUCCAACAAAGAAUGUAAAUACAUCUGUAACUCUUUAUAUCGGUUAGUUCACAGUCCUCGAAUUUUACUGAUAUCAGUAUUUCACUUGAAGCUUCUUUGUGCCUUCUUUGAACGCAUAUUCCUAAAGUUAAGAGAUUAUGGCGACUUUUGAUUUACACAUUCCGAUUCUCUCUUCAAACUUAUGUCUACCAAUUAGAGUAAAUCUAUCCAGUACAAGUAAUUUUGCUAUAUUCGAGACAUCUUUAUUUUAGAGAAAGUUUGGUUAUUGGAAGGCAACAUGGGAAUACUAGAAAUUAUGUUUAUAUGUUAUACGGAGCACAGUUAAUUUCUCACUUUUUUCCGACUUUACUGCUUAGGCGCAUAAUUAUAGAACAAAGUUACAGUGGAGAAAACAUGAUGAAUGUAAAUGACAACAAAAUCCGAUGUAAUGUAUUUCCUAACUUAAACAUAAUUUGUAUGUAUGCAUUUCUGAAAAAUAAAAUAAAAUUUGGA